CUCUUUAUUACAAAUGAUGCUGCAACUAUUGUGAAUGAACUUGAGGUACAACAUCCUGCUGCCAAGAUUCUCAUGUAAGCAGGCAAAGCUCAACAGGAAGAAAUUGGUGAUGGAGCUAAUCUGACGAUAUCUUUUGCUGGGGAGCUUCUCCAAAAUGCGGAGGAGCUUAUCAGGAUGGGAUUGCAUCGAAGUGAAAUCAUUAGUGGCUACACAAAAGCGAUCAAUAAGACGAUUGAUAUUUUAGAUGAGUUGGUUGAAAAGGGCUCGGAAACAAUGGAUGUGCGGAACAAGGAUGAAGUUGUUUCCCGAAUGGAAGCUGUUGUGGCCAGCAAGCAGUUUGUACAAGAAGAUAUUUUGUGCUCUCUUCUUGCGGAUGCAUGCAUCCAGGUCCGCCCCAAGAAUCCAGUGAACUUUAAUGUAGAUAAUGUUUGUGUCGUAAAGCUUCUUGGAGGAGGUCUGCAUAACUGUUCAAUUGUUCGUGGCAUGGUCCUGAAAACUGAUGCUGUUGGAAUUAUAAAACAAAUGGAAAAUGCAAAGGUUCAUUAUCUAUCAUUGUGCUUUCUCCAUGCAAAGACCUCAGCUUUAACAGCCUGA